GCGGCGGCUGCAGCGGCGGGGGCUACAUCCUCGCUGUUCGCCCCGGCCGGGGGAGCGUCUUGGGGCCGUCGGGCAUGGAGCCCUGGAAGCAGUGCGCGCAGUGGCUCAUCCACUGCAAGGUGCUGCCGGCUAACCACCGGGUGACUUGGGACUCGGCGCAGGUGUUUGACCUGGCUCAGACCCUCCGCGAUGGGGUCCUCUUGUGCCAGCUGCUCAACAACCUGAGGGCGCACUCCAUCAACCUCAAGGAGAUCAACCUGAGGCCGCAGAUGUCCCAGUUUCUCUGUCUGAAGAACAUAAGGACAUUCCUCACAGCGUGUUGCGAGACAUUUGGAAUGAGGAAAAGUGAACUCUUCGAAGCAUUUGACCUGUUUGAUGUUCGUGAUUUUGGGAAGGUUAUAGAAACAUUAUCCCGACUUUCACGCACACCUAUAGCAUUGGCUACAGGAAUCAGGCCCUUCCCAACAGAAGAAAGCAUUAAUGAUGAAGACAUCUACAAAGGCCUUCCUGACUUAAUAGAUGAAACUCGUGUGGAAGAUGAAGAAGAUCUUUAUGACUGUGUGUAUGGGGAAGAUGAAGGAGGGGAAGUCUAUGAGGACUUAAUGAAAGCAGAGGAGGCACACCAACCCAAAUGCCCAGAAAAUGAUGUACGAAGCUGUUGCUUAGCAGAAAUUAAGCAGACAGAAGAAAAAUAUGCAGAAACUUUGGAGUCAAUAGAAAAAUAUUUCAUGGCACCACUAAAAAGAUUCCUGACACCUGCAGAAUUUGAUUCCAUAUUCAUCAACAUUCCUGAACUUGUGAAACUUCAUCGGAACUUAAUGCAAGAGAUUCAUGAUUCCAUUGUAAAUAAAAAUGAUCAGAACUUGUAUCAAGUUUUCAUUAACUACAAGGAAAGGCUUGUUAUUUACGGGCAGUACUGCAGUGGAGUGGAGUCAGCCAUCUCUAGUCUAGACUACAUUUCUAAAACGAAAGAAGAUGUCAAGCUGAAGUUAGAGGAAUGUUCAAAGAGAGCAAACAAUGGGAAAUUUACCCUUCGAGAUUUGCUUGUGGUUCCAAUGCAACGUGUUUUGAAGUAUCACCUGCUCCUCCAGGAACUGGUUAAACACACCCCUGAUCCAUUGGAGAAGACAAAUUUGAAGCUGGCUCUUGAUGCGAUGAAGGACUUGGCACAGUAUGUGAAUGAAGUGAAAAGAGAUAAUGAGACCCUUCGUGAAAUUAAACAGUUUCAGCUAUCUAUAGAAAAUUUGAACCAACCAGUUCUGCUCUUUGGACGACCUCAGGGAGAUGGUGAAAUUCGGAUAACCACUCUGGACAAGCACACAAAGCAAGAAAGGCAUAUCUUCUUAUUUGAUCUGGCAGUGAUUGUAUGUAAGAGGAAAGGCGAUAACUAUGAAAUGAAGGAGAUCAUAGAUCUGCAGCAGUACAAGAUAGCCAACAACCCUACAACUGAUAAAGAAAAUAAAAAGUGGUCCUAUGGCUUCUAUCUCAUCCAUACCCAAGGACAAAAUGGGUUGGAAUUUUACUGCAAAACUAAAGAUUUAAAGAAAAAAUGGCUGGAGCAAUUCGAAAUGGCUUUAUCCAACAUAAGGCCAGACCACGCAGACUCCAAUUUCCAUGACUUCAAGAUGCACACUUUCACGCGGGUGACGUCCUGCAAAGUCUGCCAGAUGCUCCUGAGAGGAACAUUUUACCAAGGGUAUUUAUGUUUUAAGUGUGGAGCCAGAGCACACAAAGAAUGUUUGGGAAGAGUGGACAGUUGUGGCCGAGUUAAUUGUGAUCAAGGAACGCUCAAACCACCAGAGAAACGGACCAAUGGACUCCGGAGAGCUUCCAGACAGGUGGAUUCAGGUUUACCAAAGAUGCAGGUCAUUAGGAACUACACAGGACUCCCACCCCCUGCCCUUCACGAAGGACCCCCGUUACACAUCCAGGCAGGCGACACAAUUGAACUUCUCCGAGGAGAUGCACACAGUCUGUUUUGGCAGGGUAGAAAUUUAUCAUCAGGAGAAGUUGGAUUUUUCCCAAGUGAUGCUGUGAAACCCUCCCCAUGUGUGCCCAAACCAGUAGAUUAUUCUUGCCAGCCCUGGUACGCCGGUGCAAUGGAAAGACUGCAGGCAGAGACUGAGCUUAUUAAUAGGGUAAAUAGUACAUACCUUGUGAGGCACAGGACCAAAGAGUCAGGAGAAUAUGCAAUUAGCAUUAAGUACAAUAAUGAAGCGAAGCACAUCAAAAUUUUAACCAGAGAUGGCUUAUUCCAUAUUGCAGAAAAUAGAAAAUUUAAAAGUUUGAUGGAACUUGUGGAGUAUUACAAGCACCAUUCUCUGAAGGAAGGAUUCAGAACCUUAGAUACAACUCUGCAGUUUCCAUACAAGGAGCCAGAACAUUCAUCUGGACAAAGGAGUAAUAGAGCAGGCAACAGCUCCCCCUCUUUGUUCUGUGGCUUUUCUUUUGUAACUCCUCCAGACUACAGCUUUGUUCCCCCUUCUUCCACUCCUUUCUGGUCAGUGCUGAGUCCAAAGGUGCUGGGCAUUGCCAUUGCUCGGUACGACUUCUGUGCACGAGACAUGCGAGAACUUUCUCUGUUGAAAGGAGAUGUGGUGAAGAUUUAUACAAAAAUGAGUGCCAACGGCUGGUGGAGAGGAGAAGUCAAUGGCCGGGUGGGCUGGUUUCCAUCCACAUAUGUGGAAGAGGAUGAAUAAAUUCCCAUCCAGUUUUAUGUCCUGUACCAACAAUGUCAGAGAAGAGCUAAUCGGAAGCCUGCACAACAUUACGAGUUAAUCAAAGUGUUUAAAAAGCUGCAUUUCUGGCUGUUAAACAUCCACACUUCUUUACCCCUCCUAAGUCUUAAUGCUGCAAUUUCUAAAGAUGCUAGUACUGACAGAUUCAUAGCUUGCCCAGAGCUGUGCAAGAAACUGGCUGCUGGUCUGUCAUUGUCAAGGACCAGGGCAAAGCCAGGAACUUUUCCUCCCAAAAGAUCCCUGCACACACAUCGCUUGGGGUUUGUCUCUAUUUCAUCUGGUCAGACACCAGGAAUGUCAGCCAUUAGUAAAUGUUUCCUGCCUAUUCACUUUAUUCUCAUGUGCCAUGCUCAGUGCUUUUUGAUGGUACAAAGAAGAAGCUUUAUUUUGCUCUUUCUAGCAUGAAGAAAAAUUAAGAGUUCCACCAAUUGGGCAACUUACCAGAAAGAAGCAGUACCUCUCUUAGAUUGUCCAACAGGUGACUCAUUGCCCAGAAAACACUCUUACCCUCAGAGAUGACUCGUGAUAAAAAUAUAAGAGGCAAAUGCUCAGGUGUACAAUGCAAGUGAUAUAUUCCAGAAGAGACUUAGUUGUCCUUUUAAUGUCCUAAUUAUAUUUGCAGAUGUCUUUGUAAAGGGUAGGGGGAAAACACACAAAAAAAGACAGCAUCUUCAUGUAAAUGAUCUAAUCAGAUCAUUUUAGAAAUUUAGUACUUGAUGCAGUGAUGAAGACUAAGUGUAACAGGGGUAGUUGCCAAUAACUGAAGUCAGGUGGCAAUGUUUACAGAAACACAUCAAGCAUUCUCAUUUGCAGGAAGUCAUUUGUAUAGCAGUGAUGAUGUCUGUUAUGCCAUUUCUACCCUCCCAGAACGACCAGAGACAUACCUGCUGAUUCCCACAUUCCCUUGUUUUCUUGGGAGUAUCUACAGUAGCACAAACAACAUUGUUAAGGAUUUUGGAAGGAAAGCACAAUGAGUUGUUUGUAUCUUUAUAGGAUGUAAGGAGAGUCACUGGGCUUUUGUGGGCUUCCAGCUUCUGUCUUUCCACCUGAGGCCCUUCAUGGGCCUGUGUCUGUUGCUAGCAAGACCCAUUUGCAGGACAUUUAUUCUGCCAAACAUUCACUUGUUUAUGUGGGGAUUCUAAAAGUGUUCUUUCUGGGAUGCACAGAAUUCCCCAUUAAGGGAGCCAAGUUAAGACACUAACUUGCCCCUUUCUUACUGAAAUAUUUCCUGCAUGGCAGAAGUCGUGUUCUGACAAAAUUCAGAAAGUAUUUCAUGUUUGGGGAAAAAAACACACACACACACACACAAUUAAAAACAUUAUCUUCACAUAGUCAAACCAGGAACUUUGAUUUCUGAAGUUUGAGAUCAUCUCUGACAUGAGGUGGGUUUGCCCUGCCUUGUCCUUAACCUGCUUGGGUACCAGACAUUGAUGCUUAAUGAACAUACUCUCCUUGUAAACUCUCUUGGGCAAGGACUUCUCAUCUAGGAUAGAUCUAAGAUCUUUACCUCAGAUUUAUGUAAACUGUGAUUGUCUUAGGAAAAUGAUCAUUUGUUAAAACCAGUUAACUUUUGUAUAUGUGUAAAUGUUCACAAAAUAUUUUAUAAACUAUUCUGUACAGGAAAGUUACAAUCGUCAAGCAUACUCUUGGACUAGAUUCUUUCCUAUAGAAGUCUUAGCUGCCACUCUGUGUCUUGGCAGUGUUUUGUCUGUUACUGUCCACUCCAUGUCGUGACAAAGAGCACUGCUUCACACUAGUGGAAACACUCCCGUGUACAGCAUUGCAGCAUGUUUCACGCAUCUUAACCACUAGCCUCCCUGUCCCCUUACAGAAGGUGUUUGGUCUUAAUUGUCACAUUUCAUGAUCUGGAAGUUUCAUAGCAGAAUAUAUUAGAGAUCCUUUUCGUGCUGUUGCCGAUUACAUCUUUGUCUACAUUUUAGUAUUUCUUAUUGGAAACUUUAAAUGCUGCAGAUUUAUGUAGAUUUCUAAUGCCAAAGAUGGAAGUAAAUGUUUUGCAGAUACUUUGUCUUGCCUGUUAUUCAGCCUUGUGUAAUGUGGUAAAUUAGAGUGAUCUGUUUGUACUAUUUUGUAAAUAUGUCAAUAAAAUAAUUACUAGUUGCAUUAAAUUAAUUUCUCUGGA